CACCCCUGUGUAUGAAAUCCAGAGAGACAAGCUGGCCAGUCAUAACAGAAGAAAGACACCAACUACUCACAUCACAUGACUAUACAACCCAGAAACGACGAAGAACCAUCAACCUGCUCUCUUUGGACAUCUGAUUGUGAGAUUAUUGAUUCAAAGGUGGUGAACAAGAAACUGAAGAGAAGAAGGGGCUCUCACAGUCACUGGACAUUUUACUGAAUGAAUAAACUCUGUGAAGGCUUGACUUUCAUCUACUGAGUGCUCAGCAGCAUCGUAGUGAUUGGACUGAGAUUAUUCUAAGGAACAUUUCUCUUACAUUGAGAGCACAUUCAAGUGUCUUUCAGCAGCCAUGGCUUCAACAGGUCUUCAGCUGCUGGGCUUGGUGUUGGCGGUGCUGGGUUGGGUUUGCGGGGCGUUGGUGUGCGCGGCUCCUCUGUGGCGUGUUUCCGCCUUCGUGGGGGGAGAGCUGGUGAUUGCCCAGGUGGUGUGGGAGGGACUGUGGAUGAACUGCCUGUCUCAGACCACAGGCCAGAUUCAGUGCAAGACCUAUGACUCCACCCUGGCCCUUCCUGUGACUGCCCAAGCCGCCCGGGGCCUCACUGUUCUCUCCCUGCUCCUCUGCCUCCUGGCCCUCAUGCUCGGGGUGGCGGGGGCCAAGUGCACUCACUGCAUGGGUGAUGGUAACCAGGCCUCCAAGGUUCGGGUGGGCAGGAUAGCAGGGGUGCUCUUCCUGGUGGCUGGCUUGGCGUUCAUGAUACCCAUCUGUUGGACCGCCCAUGCAACUAUCCGGGACUUCUAUGAUCCCAAUAUCGCAGCGCCUUAUAAGAGAGAGCUGGGCCCAGCGCUGUACCUGGGCUGGGGGGCCAGCCUGCUGCUCAUGGUGGGGGGCUUUCUGUUGCAUUUGGGGUCCUCUCAGCAAAGCAGAGGAAGACUGCCUACUUUUGCUGGAGUGCUGAAAGACAACCCAGGUACAGGUGCAGCCGGAGAGGGGAAGCCACAGGAGAAAUCUUUUGUAUGAGAUGAUUUUAUUGGACAAGAGAGAUACAAACAAACACAGAGGUCGCAACCUUGUCACACAAGCUUCAGAAAAUCACAAGGUCACCAUCUAUUGGAGGGUAUUCAGCAUAUAGCCUUUUAUAUCUUAUAAAGCGGUUAAAGGAUUGCAUUUUAUUUUGAAUUUCAUUAGUCAUUGGUAAAUGAUAGUUUGACAUGUAUUCAUUCAUUUACAUGAUAUGAAACAAAGAGUUUGUAGUAGAAUUUACAUUAUUUAACAGCUUUCUCUCAGAGUAGGAGUUGACAUGCAUUGUGGGAGUAUUUAAAUGUUUUGAGCCUUACUAAUGUGUGUGACUCACAUUUCUUAAAUUCCACUCUGCCUCUGCCUAUGUGUGUGUGUGUGUGUGUUGUGUAUGUGUGGGUGGUCUGUGUACAGAAGACCAGUGUACAGUAUAUCUGUGUAUGCUGGUGUGUUUACUGAAAACAUGUGAGGGGAAUUAUUGUUUAUUUUCUUAUUAUGAAUGUUUCUGAGCAUUUGGCAUUUCUGAGCAAAUGUAUUUUUUAUUUAAAUGUAUUUUAUUGUUUUAUUUGAUAUUAAUUUUAACUGGGUUUUGUAUAUGUAUUUCUACAGUACUUUCUUAUUGAUAUCAGGUCCAACACAGCAAUUUUCCCAUAUACGUUUUAAAGCUUUUUUUUAAAACUGACAAUUCUAAAUAAUUAUCAAAGUGUUAAUAUUAUACAGCAGUAGUAGUUUUGUUCCUUUAGUUUACUGGAAAAUGCAUUGCUUAUCUAAUGUUUUAAUUUCUGACUUGAUGUAGUUUACUAAAAUUACCAUUAUAGCCAAUGCCAUGUCUUACAUAUAUUUCAGAGAUGUAGCAAUUCUUAUAAUGUUUACAGCUUCUCCCACUGUACAGUUGUCAUAAUAAUUAUUCAGUACAUGUACAUAAGUGGGAAAUUGCAUUUUCCAGCCUUAUUCUUUGUAUUGACGGUGGUUUGUAUAAUUUAUAACUACGGAAUAGUUGGCCAUGGGGAAAAAUGCAUUAAGAUGCAAAAUAGGAUCCCAAUUUUCCUUUAAUGAAAUUAUAUUUGUGCAAAUUGUCACUCUGCCUAACGUGAUCAGAUUAUACAAAAUAAAAAAGCAGCACAUGAGUAAUUUAUAUUUACUAUAAAUAUCUACUGGGCCAAUCCGGAUUUAUGGUGGUCCUACUUUGGCCCACGGUCGCCCACUUUGUGCAGCCUGGUCAAAAACAACGAAUGAGCAUGCAGGUCCAUUUUGGGUCGAGGCUUUUGGAAAUAAGCAAUGUCUACAUUCUCACUCCAAUCCGACAUGUAUUCAAAUGGCAAACCAUUAUGAUUAUACCCAAAUAAGAGCCCAAAUCAUUAUUUUACCUUCAUGUGUUGUAACAGCAGAUAUAGUACAGUAGGGGGCAGUAAACACACAGUAACUGAACUGCACUCUUGCAUGAACAGCCAUUAACAAGACAAUGUAAACACUACAUCCUAAUAAGUAUACAAUAUAAAGCAAGUUGGAGAGACCAAUAUGGAUGCUAGUUUACAGCUUUUAUCAACCU